CAACCACGUCGCACAGUUGCAAUAUUCUGCGACCCCGUCUCAGGUUAGGCCGUUUUUUGUAACCCACAGGCUCUUCGGUAUCGGCGCCUCCCAUCCAUGGCCCACUGCUUGCAGGUGUCUUCGCGAGUUCGGCAUUGGGUUUUCAGAAUCCAUUAGUGUCGAACCCGAUUACUGCCUCGUUCCCUUAACUUGCGUAUAAUGCCAGAACCUAAAGAAAGUCUGGGAAUCGAUCACCGACGGCGUGUAUGCGCAGUCGUUGCUCCCAACAGACGGGAUCUUCCAGGACGGAACGCAGCCUUGACACUGCUGACUCAAGUGUCAGCCUGCAACAGCACCGCACCUACUAGUAACCUGAUAGAUAUAACAUAGCGCCAAUGGAAUGUGGAGUGAUUCAGACAUCAAACUCAGAUUGCCCCGGAGCAACAACGCCCCCAAUGCACAUCUGCAAAACAUUUCCACUUUACAUGCCAACCAUCCUGCAACACGCUCAACCUACCUUACACUCACCCUUCAUGACCGUUGAAGAUGUCUUGCGCCCUCCUCUUGGGUCAUUGUCCAAACACCCCUCCCCAUCACCCCCGACGUUCCCAACCCAGAAGCCGGCUCGGAGCCCCGAGUCGAUGGCCAUCAAGAAUAUCGUCAAUGCCUCAUGCGAGGACCCUAUUUCGCCUCCCACUCAUGCCGCUAGUUUCGCGAUGCUCUCACCAGUACCAGAUCGCUCGAUAUCCCCUGGUGCUGAAUCGUCAAGUUCGCGCCACUCCGCCGGUGAUGCCACUGCUACAAACUCUCCCCCUGCUCGGCUCGCGACCACGAUCCCCCAUAAACGCUCUCUGUCCCCGCCAAUCAAUGUGUAUCAGUCACGCAAUUCAUUCGACAGCGAGGACCUUCUAGAACCUCCCAAGAAGUUGUGGAAGCAUGCUACUGGUCACCGGCGAGGGAUUUUGGUCGAUGACAUGACCCCUUUGGAGGCCCCGACUCACUAUCGACGCCCGCCAAAGUCUAUCGCCAGACCUGAGACCCCUCUCAAUUCCAGAAAGGGGCCCAGAUCCGCGCGUGAUACGGGCAUCACAGCUGACCCGCGCAAUAGCGGUGCUCCCCCUUCCCAAAUAGCGUCCUCUAUGAUGCAUUUGGAUAACCGCUCGCCGGAUUCAGCUCAACUGAACGAUGAUGCUCUAUCUGAUGGGGACAUUAGGGGUCUCUCGGUUGAGUCAGAUGGGCAAAAGUACCUGAUCACCACGGAGGAAGGGAAUGUCAUCUCAGUAGCUGACUCCCCUGAUGCACGAAAGAGGCGGCAGAAUACAAUUGCAGCACGCCGCAGCCGGCAGCGAAAGUUGGAGUACGUCCGCACUUUAGAAAGUCAGGUCGCGGAUCUGGAAAAGGAACGUGAUGAUUUCAAAGCUAGAUGUGACAAGGCGGAGGAGAAAAUCCAGUGGUUGAAGGAAAUGCUGAUGGACGGACGAGGCGCUGGUCGCAGUACCUAAACUUGGCACUCUAGCUUCAUCUCUCUUCACCCCCCGCCACGCAGUGGUCCCACAUCUUAGAGGUACUCCCAUCUUUGGCAUUUUACAUCUCAUUCAUUCAAUAUUUCACCCACAAUUACUCAUACCCUAUCUCUAAGAGUCCUGCUUUCAUAUCUACUGGACUCUGUCUUGUUCUCGGAUUGUCCAUUUUCUUGGAUUCAUUGUUGACGUUUCAU